GCUCUGCAGUUCUUCUGACCAACAUGAUUGACCGCGUCUGCAGCAGGAGAACGCGUGGUCCUAGUGCGUUACCGACGGACGCUCUGAUAUCACGAGAGAUAAAACCGCUCAACACGCUCUGUGGGAAGGGCAUCAAGGUGGGUGUUCUGGGAGUGAAGGACUACUCUGGCCGUCAGCCCAACCAUGAACAGCUCAGUGCUGUGGUCUGUAAGAGCGACCCUAAACCAGGCUUCUCCUUCGCCUGGAGAACUUCGCUGAGCUGCUGGAUGACUCCUUUCUACAGACCUCACCACACGCAUCUGUGAAGAUAAGAAGUGUCCCAACUACAAAUGUCCCAUCUCGUUCUCAGGGGACACAGACAUCGUGUUGAUGAUGGACAGUUCAGCCAGUGUGGGACAGAGGAACUUUGACUCCAGCAAGACCUUCGUCAAGCGUCUGGCUGAGCGCUUCCUGUCUGCCGAGAGGUCCGGCCGCGCUGCCGUGCGUGUCGCCGUGGGCCAGUACAGCCGCGAACGCCGCAUGGAGGCGGUGCUGACCUCUAACCUCACCCUGCUGACCAGUAAGAUUGAGGCCGCCACCUUCCAGAAUGAUGGGACUGACGUUACCAAGGCGAUGGCCUUCGCCAUGGAGCAAUUCCAGACGUCAGGGGGCGGGAACAGGAAGAGGAAGCUGGUGCUGUUCUCUGACGGGAGAUCUCAGGGCAUUACCGAGGCGAUGCUGGAGAAGCGCGUGCGGCUGGUGUCAGAGGCGGGAGUGGAGCUGUACGUUAUCACCGUGGGCAARCAGGUGAGCGAGGCCAACCUGCGCUCGCUGGUCAGCAGGGGGAGGAGUUACGACGUCACCUACGCCCAGCGCCACCUGUUCCGCGUCCCAGACUACCCYUCUCUGCUGCGUGGCGUGUUCUACCAGACCGUGUCCCGCAGGGUCUCUCAGGCCUGAGUUCAGGGGCAAGGGCUGGGACCACAUGCUUUAGAGUUUAGUCUCCCUCAUUAUGAAUGUCCAUUCGUACUUCGUCGCUCAUUUACUAUCACUGUGUUUUGGUUGUGUUUUUAUGUCCGAUAAUGACAGAAGACGAUUGUGUCAGACUGUGUAAGAGAUUGUGUUACACUGUGUUCAUGUGCUCUCUGGAUUAUCAGGACCUAACCAACCGGGAAAUUUCUGAAAAACUCCCGUAACAGAAACUAGUUUCAGAUGUCUAAAACAGUUUGUUAUCUAAGUUGUAAAUCCUUCCAGUCAGACUGUUCCCAGUUCCAUAAUUCCAAGCAGCACAUGAACACAGCAUUAAACAGAACGGUGUACUGUAAAAUAAUGUUUUUUUUGUGUGUUUUUUUAAACAAACUUAUUUUAUGUUGUUUGUAGAUCAGAGACAGAACAGGAUAUGACAUCACUCCAUAUGUUUUAAACAUCAAAGUUAAACAUGAAACAUUCUCCCUCUAGACAACCUUGUCCAAAUGAAGAUACUGAACAGCUGGACACAGACUGUUAGCGUAUGUGUGUGUUUAGGGGAAUGGUCUCUAAUGUCCAGCAUAUCAUGUAGGAUUUUCUCUAUAAACAGUAUGUCUGGGUUCACUUGUUCAGAUGAUGACAGACACACACACACACACACACACACACACACACACACA